AUGACCCACCCCAUUGUGGAAAACCUGCUAAGAAGUACAGAUGAUGGGCUCUGCGUCUGCGACAUGGACCGACUCGGGCGAAAUGAAUUUAUCGGCGAAGUGCGGGUCGCUCUGAAGAAGCUGAAAGAGGGCGAGAACAAGCGCUAUAACAUGGGCUUGGAGAGAAUUGCACAGAAUAAAGAAAGCAACAAUCAAACAGUGGAGCAGGGACCAGAGGAGGAAGAGCGCGGCCGCAUCCUGGUGUCGCUUUGCUAUAACACAGAGAAGGGCUGCCUACUGGUGGGGAUCAUACGCUGUGCCCAUCUGGCUGCCAUGGACUCCAAUGGCUACUCCGACCCCUUUGUAAAAAUCGUCUUGCAGCCAGAUAUGGGGAAAAAGUCAAAGUACAAAACAUCUGUGAAGAAGAAGACUCUCAACCCGGAGUUCAAUGAGGAGUUUUCCUAUGAAGUGUCCCUGGACCAUCUGGCAAAGAAAACCCUGGAGAUCUCUGUGUGGGACUAUGAUUUGGGAAUGAGCAACGACUUCAUUGGUAGGCAGUGGUGGACAGACAGUGGUGGACACAGACAGUGGUGGACAGACAGUGGUGGAUACAGACUGUGGUGGAUACAGACUGUGGUGGAUACAGACUGUGGUGGAUACAGACAGUGGUGGACACAGACAGUGGUGGACACAGACAGUGGUGGAUACAGACUGUGGUGGAUACAGACUGUGGUGGAUACAGACUGUGGUGGAUACAGACUGUGGUGGACACAGACAGUGGUGGACACAGACAGUGGUGGACACAGACAGUGGUGGACACAGACAGUGGUGGACACAGACAGUGGUGGACACAGACAGUGGUGGACACAGACAGUGGUGGACAGACAGUGGUGGACACAGACAGUGGUGGACACAGACAGUGGUGGACACAGACAGUGGUGGACACAGACAGUGGUGGACACAGACUGUGGUGGACACAGACUGUGGUGGAUACAGACAGUGGUGGACACAGACAGUGGUGGACACAGACAGUGGUGGACACAGACAGUGGUGGACACAGACAGUGGUGGACACAGACAGUGGUGGACAGACAGUGGUGGACACAGACAGUGGUGGACACAGACAGUGGUGGACACAGACAGUGGUGGACACAGACAGUGGUGGACACAGACAGUGGUGGACACAGACUGUGGUGGACACAGACUGUGGUGGAUACAGACAGUGGUGGACACAGACAGUGGUGGACACAGACAGUGGUGGACACAGACAGUGGUAGACACAGACAGUGGUAGACACAGACAGUGGUGGACACAGACUGUGGUGGAUACAGACAGUGGUGGAUACAGACAGUGGUGGACACAGACUGUGGUGGACACAGACUGUGGUGGACACAGACUGUGGUGGACACAGACUGUGGUGGACACAGACAGUGGUUUUAGUGAAACUGUGUUUCACUAA